AAUCAUGUACCUCGGCUUAUAUGCGUUAAGCUGUUCUGUCCAAUGAGCUUUGAGGAUCUAAUAGCAGCCUUCACGCCAUUGGUUUAUUCUAGACAAGGGCGUUUUUGCUCGCUCCAACAGCACCAUCUCUGGCAGGUGGUGUGUGCUUUAAAACCAUACAGUAGGCUAAUGUUUAGGACGAUAGGUAGGUAGUAAUAGGGAAAUAAACACACUUUAGGUUGUUAAUUUAUCGUCUUUCGGUUGAUAGUUUUGAGUUACGUGCCAUUACGUUUCCUUUAAAGCCACCGGGAUCGCAGUGAAUGAGAUGAACGUCGGGGUUUCCCUUUCUGAGCCAGACACUUUGUGCUUUACGGUCAGCGGUGAAUUAGACAACUGCUCCUUCAUCAUGCAGUUUCUGAAAAAAGACGGAAAAGCCCUACAUGUUGAUUAUAUUUCGCCACCGGUGUAAGUCUGAAUGAGCGAGAAACCUCCCGGCCACGACUGACAAGGACUCACAUCCUGGAGCUGCCUCACCUCAUCCGCCGGUGUUGCAUACAAUAUGAUAUGUUGAUGACAUUUUUUGGAAGUGGUCGUGCCUUUUGUUUUCAUUUCGGGAUAUGUGAUAUGCGGAUUAGCGACCGCCACGAAACGCAAAUGAGCGGACGUUUUUUUCUGCUUUGAAAAUGAGGAAGCGUUUUCAUAAAGACCCAGAAAAUGGCAAGAAGGUCUCGUCGUCCGUGGGCCCGGAUUUGAGUAAAAUGAGAAGGAAAGGAGCAAAUGCAACAGCAGCAUGAUUUUUUCCCUACAGAAUGACACCAAAGGAGGUAAAACGGUGGAGGUAGAUAAGACGCAGCAUCAAUGAAGGCGAUCUGGACAAGUUUUGAGUCGCUCAUAAUGAACAGAAAUACUUUGCAGCUCGACAGCAGAUCGUUUCCACAAUAUUGAAAGAUUUUUUCGGCUUUGGGAGAUUUUUCUAAUUCACCAGUCAUCUAUUUUCGCAUUGCAUUUGUUACCCUUUUCAUUAUAUAUUUGAUUUUUCUUUUUAUACUUUUGAUCCGGAUCCAGCCCUGACUAUUCAAUGGAAGUAUGUUAUCAGCUGCCGGUUUUGCCUCUAGACAGGCCGGUUCCCAAGCAUGUCCUCAGCCGGAGGGGAGCCAUUAGUUUCAGCUCCAGCUCUUCUCUCUUCGGGGCUCCUGAUCCGAGACAGCUGUCACAGAGACGAGGAGCCAUCUCCUACGACAGCUCCGACCAGACAGCACUGUACAUUCGUAUGCUGGGAGAUGUGAGAGUGAGAAGUCAGGUUGGAUUUGAACCGGAACGAAGAAGCUCCCACCCAUACCUGUGCAUCGACUUCCGAACUCUUCACACGCGGCUGGGCUAUGGGACCACGUCAGCGAGCUCUGCUCCUGAGAGGAGGGUCCACAGACUGCUCAGCUUCCAGAGGUACCUGCACUCAUCACGUCUGCUGCGGGGAGUCCCCCAGCAGAUCCCCCUUCACAUCCUGGAUGAAGACUACACUGGACAGGCCAGAUGCAUGCUGGAAAAAGUCGGGAACUGGAAUUUUGACAUUUUCCUCUUCGAUAGGUUGACAAACGGAAACAGCCUGAUCACCCUGACCUUCCACCUGCUGAACCAGUACGGCCUGGUGGAGCUCUUCCAGCUGGACAUGGUCAAACUCUGGAGGUUCCUGGUCAUGGUGCAGGAGGACUACCACAGCGACAACCCCUACCACAACGCUGUGCACGCUGCAGAUGUCACACAGGCCAUGUAUUGCUACCUGCGGGAACCUAUGCUUGCCAAGUCUCUGACCUCCUGCGACAUCCUACUGGGACUCCUAGCCGCCGCCACUCAUGACCUGGACCAUCCUGGGGUCAACCAGCCUUUCCUCAUCAAGACUGACCACUAUCUAGCUACACUCUAUAGGAGUACCUCAGUUCUGGAAAACCACCACUGGAAGUCAGCAGUGGGUCUGCUCAGAGAGACUGGGCUGUUCUCCCAUCUGCCUGCUGAGGACAGCCUGAACAUGGAGAGGGAGUUGGGCUCCUUAAUCCUGGCCACAGACAUCAGCAGACAGAACGAGUACCUGUCCAGGUUUCGCAGGCACCUGGACCAGGAGAACCUGUAUUUGAGCAACGGCAGCCACCGUCACUUCAUCCUGCAGAUGGCUCUGAAGUGUGCAGACAUCUGUAACCCCUGCAGACCCUGGGAGCUGAGCAAGCAAUGGAGCGAGAAAGUGACCGAAGAGUUCUUCCAACAAGGAGACAUUGAGAAGAAGCACAAACUUGAAGUCAGCCCACUUUGUGACAGAGAGAUCAACACAGUUGGCAACAUUCAAAUGGACUUCAUGACAUAUGUGGCGGAGCCGCUGUUUGGAGCUCAGCCGGCACCGACACAGAAGACGCCGCUGCUCCAAGAGACGGCAACACCGCUACAGCCACAGGAGGAACCAGCUCCAAAGAAAUACCUCAGGGAAGCAGAGAAUCCUGACACUCCUCGUGUGCCCUUUCACCUCAACCUCCUGACCCCUGACCCCGGCCUCAGGGCCUCACCACACACUGGGGGCCGGGUGGGGCCUGCAGUGGCCUGCAGCUCUGCUGCCGCCCCACCUGAUCCUAACACCUUGUUUAUGUUUUGUUGCUUUUGCCUCCCACCUUGAUAAACCACUGAUUUUAUUUAAUUUAUUUAAUUUUUAAUUCCUCUUUUUUGGCAUAGAGCAAUACAUAGAUACCUCAUUUGGCUACUGCUGUAUUUUCUUUUAUUUGCUUUGUUUUAUUUAUUUGUCCACUGUAGUUUUGGCAUUACUGACUGAACACACCACUUGUUUUUUUGUUGGUGAACCUUAAGGGGAAAGCAGUAUACGAACUGAAGAAGACAUUUUCUUUUCUGGUAUUUUGAAGUGCCAUUUGAAAACAAAGAUUUGAAGAAUGAUCUGAACUGAAUUGACUGAGACAACUGGAGUAUCAGACAUGAGACCCUCCUGAGACUAUAAAGUAAUGCCGUGUUGCAUUUGUAUUGAAGAUUCUUCCUCAUGUAAAAACAAACAAAAAAAUGUGACAAGCCCAGUCCUUUUGCUGCCUCUACGAAGACUGUUUACGCAUCUCCUUGUUUGUUGUUUCUUUCCCUUGAACUGAAGUGAAUCAUGUCGGCUCCACGGUUUGCCUUCGAAGCACAGAUGUGAAAAACCACUCGUUUGAACUGUCAUCCCACUGUUGAAGCCAUGAGCAGAACCUUAUUCAAACACACCAGAUGCCAUAAGUAACUCCACCUGUGCUACAAUGUGUUCUUGCACUCCCAAAUAACGAUGGUGUAGGAUGUGCAGCUUCGUCUCCAUGACAUCUCCAAGAGACCCUGUGAAGGUAUUGUAGACAUUAGUCCUUUUCUGAUGAUGUUUCCGAAUCUUCCAGUGCUGGUUGAACUCGGGAUCGCUUCCCUCCCAGACUGGAGAUCAGUAACCCACUGCACAUGCAUCUCACCUGGAACUCCACUCCACGCAACUUGACUUGCUCAGGGUUUUGCCAGUCUCUUAUUAAGAGGGAGAGGGGGAGGUGGUGACUGCGGACGAUGCAGGGUUGUUGUUUUUUUUCCUGGCUUGGAUCUACUGAAGGAGACUCUCCCUCUCUGCAGAAUGUCUCUCACAGCCACAUGCAACCUAAAGGACUGCUCGAUUGAUGCCUUAUAACUAUGCACAAACUAUGCUAAGUGACCAAACCAGCUCCUGUUCCCAUCAAGUGCAUGGUGUGCUUGUCUUUGAAUGCACUGUCCAAUCCCUUUGCCUUUUUGUUGUGAGGAACAACUCCAGCUGUCCUUUUUUUGUACGGAAACAAAAUGGUCGAAUGACUUUGAACAUUCCAUUUCUUUGUGUUUUGGUUUGUCUACUUUGAUUCUGUACAGUGGCACAAAUUGUGUUUGUGUUUAAACAUUUUUGAGAGAUAACAGGUGCUUUUCUUACGUUAGCUGAUUUGUAUUUUGCUGUAAGUGCUGUAAGACUGUUGAUAAAACUGUUUACAAUUUGUUGCGACAGCCAUUUUUGGGAAGACUUCAGUGUCGAGCCAGAUUUUGUAAAGGCUUUGCUGUAUUGACCUUUUUGAUACAUGCCUGUUGCAGUUACGAUUUGAAUAAUAAAACCUGUUGUUGACA